AUGUCUAACCAACCAGGUCAACUUCAUCUAACAUAUCCUAUAUUAGCAAAUAAAUUAUCAGCAAUACAUGUAACUCCUACAAAAAGUUUAUCAGAAAUAGUUGUACCAAAGAAUUCAAUACGAAAUAAUUUGAAUUAUUUAUCACCAAAAGCAAUACGAACAUUACCGCAACGUUUGCCAUUAUUACCAAAUUUAUCACCAUUACCAUUAGUUCGACAACGUGGUGUUAAAAGAGCAAUUAAAGAUUUGGGAAAAAUAUUUAAAUUAAAUUAUUAUGAUGAAAGUCAUAUACAAUUCUGGUAUUUGGAUAUGCUUACUGAUUUUUUAUGGCGCUUGCAAGAUGAUUUCCACUUACCAAUAGAAUUUCAACGUAUAGGUCUAUCAUGGAUUAUAUUUUUCUUAUCACUUGUAAUUGAUACAAAUAUUAAUUAUGAGCGCGAAGAAGUAUUUGAUAUUUUACGAGAAACAAUAAAGCUGGCUGGCGAAGCAAUGGAUGAAGGUGAUCCUUACUUAUCGCGACCAGAAAAUUUAGCACAAAUUUUUACAAUCGAUGAUUGUAACCGGUUGGAUCAGAUAGAACAAGCAUUUAGUAAUUCGGAAAAUGAGGAAAUCGAUUAUCUUGAUUUAAGAACCAGUAAUGAACGGAGUAUAUUUAUAUUGCAACCAUCAACAUACAGUGAUUCAUCUGAAUCUGCAUCCAUUACGGAUUUGAAUGUCACAUCAAGUAGCAAUUACACACUAAAUUCAUCAAAAGGCGGUUCGAGUGUGUCAUCAGAAGAAGAACAAAGUGUAAAUGAUUCUGAUGAGUUGGAAUUGGAACAAAAUGCUGAUAUGGAGAAACUAAGUGUUAAAACAAUGUUGGCAGUAAUUGACUUCAUAUAUGAAUACUUUUACAAUGAUUUUCAAUAUUCUGUGAUACGUCAAGCUGUUAUAAAUCCACCCAAUUAUACUGAACAGGCAAUUGACGAAUUCCAUUUUCCAAAGAAAUUUGAUGGCGAAGAUGAUGAACAAUCAAUCAUAUCCGAUAUAUCAGAACUAAGUUUAAAUGCGUUGUUUGAUAAUACAUUACAAUCGAUACGUGGGUAUAAAAAAAAUUUAUUGCCUUUGAAGGAAUCAAUUCAAGUUCCAUGUUCGAAUCAUUCAAUUAAUUUAAAAACAUUUUAA